AUGUCUGCAAUAAAAAGAAUAUCAGAUAGAGCACUUGCUCAAUUGAAAAAAAGAUACCAACCAAGUGAUUUCCGACCAACUUUUAAAGGUUAUAACAUGUAUGGCAAACCAAUUUACAAGAAACCAAAAGUUAGUUUACGAAUGUUGAAUGUAAUGCGAAAGAAUUUAGACUAUCUACAAAGGGAUCCUACCAGUAUUGGCUUGCCUAUUAAACCCGAGAAACGACCACCUAGACUUAAAAAACCUAAACGUCCUAAAUAUGAAAGAGAUGCUCCUAAAAGGUAUUGUUUUGGAGAAAAUUUUUUGAUGGGGAAAGAUUUGAUGGAUAGGAAAUCGUUAGAAGAAAUGCCAAAAGUAAUUGAGACCUGGAGAAAGGAAAAACGAUUAGAAAAAGAAAAGAACAAACCAUCACUACCUUUCUAA